AUGAGCAGUAUAGUAACCUCAUCACCUGCCAGGAGUCUUAGUGCAGCAUCUGUACCUUUGCAAGCUACAGAACUACGCAAGACUGAGAGCCUUGAACCGCAUCGAAAACUAAGUGAACCUUUAGUUAUCCAAAGACAUCAUUCCAUAAGUAGAAGUACGAGUAAGAUGAGUAAUAAUAACUCUCCAAAGCCUGUGAUAUCUAACAAGGGUACGACGAAUAAUGAUAAUAAUGCUUCUUUACAUGUGGCUUCUAAGAAGAUUUUGUUACAAAAAAAAGAUGGUUUAGAAGAACGAGAUAAAGAAAACUAUUCCAUUAGUAAUGAAGAUGAAAUUUUCGAAGUGUUUAAUCCUGAUAAAAUUGCAUCUUUACCGAUGAACAAGUUACUCGAAAUGUUGACGACUUUAUUAGAGACAAUAAUUCAAUCAAAUGAUAAUAUUAAUAAUGUGCAUCCAUUAAAGAUGAAUGAAAUACCAAAAAUAUUAGAGCAUGAUAGCACUGGUUGUUUAAAUGCCAUGUUAAGUUUCAAAGGUAAACAUAUUCCACAAAUAAAUCUAGAACAAUAUUUUAAAAGAAUCCAAAAAUAUUGUCCCACAACCAAUGAUGUGUUUUUAUCACUUUUGAUCUAUUUCGAUAGAAUAUUCAAUAAAUGUAAUAGUAAAUUUGACAAUUACGGACACGACAACCCACAAAUAUUCGUAAUGGAUUCAUAUAAUAUUCAUAGGCUAAUAAUUGCUGGUGUAACAGUAAGUACGAAAUUCUUAAGCGAUUUUUUCUACAGUAAUUCAAGGUACGCAAAAGUUGGUGGUAUUUCAUUAAAAGAACUAAAUUAUCUGGAAUUACAAUUUUUAAUACUUUGUGAUUUCAAUUUACUAAUAUCCAUUGAAGAAUACGAAAGAUAUGCUAAUUUGCUGUAUCGAUUCUACAAGACAAACACCAAUUAA